GCGGUUAGCGGGAAGCUCUGCCACUGCUUUUCAAUAGCGCCUCUGACUGUGGCCUUCAGGGGUGUAAGCAAAACUGAUUUUUUGUUUAGAAAUAAACAUUGAAGUUGUUGCCAGUUGACCCAGCAACUGCUAAUUAAAGGCUACAUUGCAAGUCUCUUCACACCACUUCAAACUGUGCAGUUCGGUCUGUCAGCAGUGACAGCCACUUUGUACAAAAGAUUUUUUUUAAGACACAUAAAUGGCAGUAAACUCAGCAGCACAGAAAACAGAUCCUGCAUCUAAGAUUACUGACUCCUGAAAUGUCUGGCGCGGGUCGGGCUAUGAUAAAAUACCGACGCCUUGGAAAUCUACAUAUUUGAAACCCUGUGUUUUAAUUCGCCCUGUUUGAUCUCUUUAUUGAAGCGGACGGCACGAAUUCAAUCAUUUCACGUUUGCAGUGGAAAAUAACGGGCACGAUAUCCACAAUCGGUGACUUCCAGCACAAAAUAAUACCGCUGCCAAGUGAAUGCACCCCUCUGACAGGGUUAGUGUAGGCUGUUGGAGCAAAUAGGAAAAGGGGGCGCUUGUGGACUGAUUGUCCAGUAAAAACCAGCUCGAUUCUUCAAUGUGUUUCACUGACAGCCCAGGGCUGAGACCGUCAACACGUGGGAAGCUACUCAGCUACCACAGACGCGACUAGCUGCGUGCAUCUUCUAUUUAUCGCCACCCAGUCUCAGAGCUAAGUUGGUUUUGAUGUUGCUGGGUCGGUGACAGUCGCCAGGCUGGGACUGAAGCAAGGUCCUCUUUUACACAAGUGGUUCUAUUGUAGAGAAGACGCCGGUUUCUAAUUCAAUCGCCGACAGUAUCCUGUUCUCACGGUCUCGCACCUCUAAGCUACUUUUAUUUUUAAACGGUAAAUCGUUAAACGAUUACCCAAGGCUGAAGUGGCGAUGGCCCAUGGUCGUCCCGCAGCUCCUCACUGACCCGCCAAUCGCGGCGCCAUCUGCCGGCCAACAGGGGCGCGCCAGCUGCUUCAACAACAACAACAACAACGAAGUGAAUUAGGAUGGAGACGGGCAGGCAGCGCCACGCGGCGUACACUGGCUACAGCUACACGGACCCGGACAUCAUCCUGCAGCAUUACAACUACACCGGCAAGCUGAGGGUCAGCUCCGAUGGCCUGGCGGCUGGACUCACCGUCUCGUCCAUAUUCUUCAUUGUCAUCUGCUGCUUCAUCAUCCUGGAGAACCUCAUGGUGCUGUUGGCCAUCUGGCAGACCAAAAAGUUCCACCGGGCCAUGUACUACUUCAUUGGCAACCUGGCACUGUCGGACCUGCUGGCCGGCGCCGCCUACACUGUCAACAUCCUGUUGUCAGGCUCUAACACCUACAGACUGACCCCGGUGCAGUGGUUCCUGAGGGAAGGCAGUAUGUUUGUGGCCUUGGCUGCCUCGGUGCUCAGCCUGCUGGCCAUCGCUAUCGAGCGCUACCUGACCAUGCUGAAGAUGAAGCCGCACAGCUCGGGAGGCAGCUCGCGUGUCUUCCUGCUCAUCAGCGGCUGCUGGCUCCUGUCCAUGUUCCUGGGCGGCCUGCCCAUCAUGGGCUGGAACUGCUUGCGGGGUUUCCCACACUGCUCCACUGUGCUGCCUCUCUACCACAAGCACUACAUCCUUUUCUGCACCACUGUCUUCAGCUUCAUCCUGCUGGCCAUCGUGCUGCUCUACGCCCGCAUCUACGCCCUGGUGCGCUCCCGCAGCCGCCGGCUCACCUUCCGCAAGUACUCGGUGCGCUCCAGCAAGAGCAGUGAGAAGUCCCUGGCACUGCUCAAGACGGUGAUGAUCGUGCUGAGCGCUUUCAUCGCCUGCUGGUCCCCGCUCUUCAUCCUCUUGCUGCUCGACGUGGCAUGUCAGGCUCAGGGCUGCCCGGUGUUGUACAAGGCCCAGUGGUUCCUGGCCCUGGCCGUGCUCAACUCAGCCAUGAACCCGGUCAUCUACACACUGACCAGCCGGGAGAUGAGGCGGGCGUUCUUCCGCCUGCUCUGCUGCCUGUGCAACCGUGGGCCAGCCCGGCGGCACAAGCCCUCACUCACCGCUGCCCUGGAGUUUAGCCCCAGCAAGUCGGACAACUCAUCGCACCAGCACAAGGAUGAGUGCGGCACACCCGAGACCCUGAUGUCCUCAGGCAACAUUAACUCCUCAGCAUGAGGGUGCAGGGGAGGCUGCAAUGGGGACGGGGGAAACACACAGUGAAAGAAGGUGGGUGGCGACAGGCGCACAAGACCCACUCCGUUGGACACCGGCCAGGUUUUAGCUGCUCAUCCUCUCCACCUCUGGUGUUGGAAUGUAAUCUUCACCCUUCACACCUACAAAGAGGCAAAGACAUUGGGACCAGGUGCUAGAGUUCAGAAAUUUUGUGUUAUUACUCCAACAUUUUCAAAUCUAGCAGGACUGAACAGAUGGUCGAGGUAUUCUCUUUUCACAACAAAAUCUAUGGACAGUCUUCUUCUGGACUUUUGAAAGGAGAUAAAUGUGAUUUUAGGAGAAAAGGAAAAGUGCCUAACAAGACGUGGCCUGCUUCAGGAUUUUGUGUCUCGAGACUGCAUCGUCCUUCUUGGGAAUCAUGGGGCCGAACAUGCAGAUCGUCCAGAAUCGCUGGCCAGUGAUGGGAUGCAGAGCGUCUUGUCAAAAGACAGAUACAUUCCCAACUGCUUGGUCUCAGUAUGACUUUGGUGAAGUGACUUUCUGUAAGGACUGAGUAUUUUAGAGAUGCAUUAUAGAUUCUACUGUACAUGCUGUAUUAAAACAAACAUUCAAGUGCAUAAUGUAAUGUAAGAUAAGAGUAUAAUAUUAAAUUGUUGAAAAUUAAGGAUGUUACUAACUCUUACCAGUCGUAUCAUUUUGAAUGUAUCAAGUUGUUACUCCACUCUUCAACCAUAUGUUGUUAACCUCUUCACUUAUUAAAUUAUUAACAUUUGUGAAAUUUAACUACCACUUUUCCAGAUUUGUUCCAUAGCAUUAUGACGAAACGUUAUACUUUAGGCACUUGACUGAACAAAAUGAUUGGUCUAAAUUAUUUAACUUUUGUAAUUAGGGGUUGACACAAAGUGGCAUGUUUUGUCCCAAUCUGCAAAUAGAAAUUUUUGACAAAUAAUGUGAAAAUGGCAUUCAUGUGAAAAUACACAAAAUAUAUGUAAAUAAAUAUUCCUUUUAAUUCAACAA